CGAGACGCGGGUUUUCUUGUGAAUAAAAAUAAAGAAAUAAAUUUGGUACAUAGGUGACAAAUAAUAAGACAUGUGUGCACAAGAUUUUCCAAAAAUAUGUAUACGUAGAGAAUAAUAUAUACAUAAAAAUAAAUAAAAUGGUCUUCCCUAAGUGUGCAUGGGGCACCGACCGGGUUGCUCAUUCCCUCUAAGUAGCUUCACACUUUCAUGAAGGGUUACGUUCUAUUAUUAUUAUUUCUUUCUCUCUCCUCUUAUUUCUACUUUUCAUCAUCAAUAAAUAGGUCAAGAAAAUAGAGUACUCAAAAACAAGAUAGAGAGAUAAGAAAAAUAAUUAAGAGAGAUAAAUUAAAGAGAGAUGGGUGGCGGCGGCAUGAAGGCGGUGUUGGGAGAGGUUUUGCCGUGUACGGCCAUGGUGGUGGUGGAGGGUUGUAUUAUAGGGUUGACUAUAAUGGCAAGCACCGCCAUUGCUAGAGGGAUGAGCCCUUAUGUGUUUGUUGUUUACACUAAUGCCCUUGGUUCAAUCAUUCUUCUCCUUUAUUCCUUCUUUUUUCAUAAGGAUAGAUCAGGAGGGCCGUUUUUUACCCUACCUUUUUUCCUCAGAGUCUUCUUGCUUGGUUUUGUAGGGAUAACCAUGGCUCAGAAUCUUGCGUUUGUUGGUUUAAGCUACAGCUCUCCAAUUGUUGCAUGUGGCAUGGCCAAUCAGAUUCCUGCUAUCUCCUUCAUUCUCGGAAUUAUCCUCAGGACAGUAAAAUUUAAUUGGAGAAGCACAGGCAGCCGAGCAAGAUUAGUCGGCAGCUUGAUAUCUUUCACCGGAGCAAUUUCACUCACUCUCUACAAGGGCCCCACCAUCAAAAACCAUUCUUCUCCCUCACUAUUGAUGGCGGGGGUUGCGGCGGCACCACCACCGCCGCCGCCGCUGCUAGUUUUCACUUCGACACAUGAAAAUUGGGUCCUCGGCUGCGUUUUAUUUGCAGCUUCUUCACUUACUAUGGUCAUCUGGAACAUCAUCCAGGUGGGAACAAUGAAAAUGUGUUCACAAGUGAUGAAAAUAAUUUCAUUAUACACAUUUUUUGGGACCGUACAAUCAGCUCUUCUUGCAAUAUUAUUCCUGGAAAGAGAUCUUACUGCAUGGAAACUUGACCUUAAUUUCGAACUCUUGAUUAUCGUUCUAACAGCGAUUUUCAGCAGUGCGAUACGUAGCAGUAUUCAGAUAUGGUGCACGAAAUUGAAGGGACCUUAUUUUGUACCCGCAUUCAAGCCAUUUGGAAUUCCCUACGCAAGCACGUUCGGCUCGUUGCUCUUUCCAUAUACUUUCCAUUACGGAAGCAUUAUGGGAGCAUUCGUCUGCGGAGUGGGCUAUUACACGGUGCUGUGGGGACAAAUUAAAGAUGACGAGGCAUAUAAUAAAUUGGACAAUAAUAAAAAUAAAAAUAAUAAUGGCAAGAUCAAUUCUUCUACCAUUGAUGACGUCAGGGUUCCACUUCUGGAAGAUCAGGACUCUCAAGUAUGACAUCAUCAAUGUCAUAAUUAAUUAAGCUUAAUCUUGAUCGAUCGAUCAACUAUAUAUUGUUAAAUAAAUAAAAUAAUUGUGCAUGUGAAGUCAGAAAGUCCUGUAUUUAUGUGUAUUUUUAAAUAUUAAUUACUGCUUUUAAUUUUCUUCAAUUUUAAGAUUAAUAA